AUGUUCAUCCGACCAAUGAUCAAAAGGCUUCACAAAUACAAACUGAUCGUUCCGAUGGCAAUCCACUGUAUAUCAAUGGCAAUUGUGAUGAUUUUGGUGUACUGUUCGGUACCGAAUGAGGCGACACAAAAGCCGACGAGCAAUAUGAAUGUGUUGAUUACACUGAGCCGCUAUCUCUCGAUCAUCAUCGGAUUCCUCCUGGGCUUCGCAGAUUUCACUAUCACUAUGACAAGAUCUGUCAUUUGUCAGAUUGCUGUGCCAGAGUACAGAGCAGAGAUGUUCAGUUUGACGAGGAUUUACAGUAGCGAGCAUAGGUGA